UCCACACAUCGUCCGAUGGGCUUCUCCUUUUUCUUCUCCUCCUCUUCCUCCUCCUCUGCCAUUCCAGCCUCUGAACCCACUCAGGAGAAGAGAAGCAAUCGCAGGCCGCAGCAAGACAACAGCAGCAACGACGCCGGUGGCGGUGGCAUGAGGUACCUCGGCGUGCGGCGCCGGCCGUGGGGCCGGUACGCGGCGGAGAUACGCGACCCGGCGACGAAGGAGCGCCACUGGCUGGGCACGUUCGACACGGCGGAGGAGGCGGCCGUGGCGUACGACCGCGCCGCACGCACCUUUCGCGGCGCCCGAGCGCGCACCAACUUCGCGUACCCCGACCUCCCGCCGGGCUCCUCGCUCACUCCCUUCCUCUCCCCCGACCUCCAGCCCCCGCCCUCCUCCUUCCUCCUGUCCCCGCCGCCGCCUCUGCAGGGCUCCGGACACCCCGCGGCCAUGUUUCCCGCCCUGGGAUGUCAGGCCGACUACAACCCUAUCUCGGACAAUGCAAUGCCAUACGAUGGGGCUGACUACUACUACCACCAGCAACAGCAGCAGGACGGGAUACAAUACGCGGCCUCGACGCUGCCGCCAUCUCCGCCGCCGGUUCCAGCGGUGGCGUCUCCAUGGGAGUCGGUGUCUGAUCCGGCGGCGGGCGAGGAGGACCUAUCGUCCGUGUGGUGCGACGCGGAGGAGUUCAGCGUGCAGGGCACCACGGCCUCGCACGGGAUCUUCUUCGAGGAAGGUUACGUGCACAGCCCCCUGUUCGGGCCGAUGCCGGCGGUGGACGACGCCGCCGCCGACGGGUUCCAGCUCGGUGGAUCGUCUUCCUCCUCCUACUACUACUGACGAGCAAGGCUACAGUUUGGG